UUGGACCCAGAAGCAAACUGGCACCCAGUGCAGGUAUGUAUAAAUAGGGCUGUGUAUGCUUCAGAAAGGAUUCAGAAGAGGUCCUCUGGAAUGGAAAGAGUGCACAGACUGCUCCUCUUUAAAGCAAUCCCAUAUCUUUCAGGGAAGCCUGAAAAAAAGAUCAGGCUGCUUUAAAGAGAUGUUCCAUUGGGGUCCCAGCGUGUUCUGAAACCUGUGUUGGAAAUCAUGUUUGAAGCACGUAGAGCCCUAGUAUAAAAUUGCAUAAAUACUAUGGCCUAAACAAUUGUAGAUGCUCAAACAUUGCACGUAAGAAUCCUUUAUCUUAUUAACAUGCUUGUGCAAGGGGUCUUUUUUCUUCCUUUCAUGUGUUCGAACAGUGUGGUAAGAGCUGUUUCAACAAUCAGUCGCAGUUCGCAGCAAAGCUCAAAAUCUGCUGAUGCAAGUAGUUGGAUUUUAAUAGAUCAUUGACCCAUCUGUAAGACUCUGACCACUUUGGAGAUAAAGAGAACAAACAUCUGAAAUUUCUACCAGAGACGUUGGAUUCCUGACUUCAAGUGGAUGUCUUCGUAGCUCAACCAAAGUACAUUUUGUCAUAAUUUUCAAAAAUUCCUGAUGCGAGAAAUUGGUUCUUUGCACUUUGUAAUGUAACACAAAGCAUGAAGAUUUCAGUAAUGUGAAAAAUAGUCUAUUUCACUUCAACAGAGAAAUAUCAUUUGGAAAAUUUCAUCUUUGACUUUGUUUUCAUUUCACUGUGUCUGUGCUAUUGAACAAAAUUGGAUAUUUUACCAUAUGUUUAAAAAAAAGCAAAUUUUCAAGACAUCAUAGUGUAUACUUUUAAAAAAUGUCACCUUGUUUUUUGUCAGUAUAAUUCUGUGAAAGGGUUCAAUAUUUUAGCAGGAGCUUUCAACAAUAAAUUAAAGAAUAAAAGAGUAGAAUGCCUAUUGUACCCUCUUGUGCUCUGAGAUUUUUAAAAUAUAAAGUAUAACAUAAAAUUAAUUUUUAAAUACAGAGAAUAUGAGACUCCAAGAACAUUAAAAGGACUAUAAAUUCCAUGCUUAUAGUGUGUUGAUGAAACCAAUUUGAGUAUUUUUAUGAAUAUUUAAUAUUGUGCAUUUCCCCAAAGCCAGUGGAUGAAAUUUGUUUGUUGGAUAUUUUAUGACAGAUUAACUGUACUAUCCUUGAAUGAAUUAUUGGAAAAGCUAUGAAUGAGUAAAAAUUACGUUUUAGGCACUACAUAUAAAAUGAACUAUUGUGUAUAUUACAUUAAGCUAAGUUUUCCCCAUAAUCAAAAACCUGCAAGAAACAAAAAUGUCCAGAACACCUCAAAUUCACAUGUUCUUUGGUGCGCCCAUUCUUCCAGCUGCUCCAAGGAACACUAAAGAAGAUAAAUCUUCUUUAGCUACUGAGGAACCAUGGAGAGAACUCUAUCUUUCAUUUACCAAUGACACUUUUAACCUUUGUAGUGCAAACUGCAGGACUCUUGAUCAUCAGACCGCAGAUGAUGCAGUUUUGCUUGCCGAUUCCAAAGAUCACUUCCCAGCAAACUUUGGGAAAAAAUGUAGCUUAGUUGAUGCUUUUAUAACAGGUUGUGCAACGAGUGUUGGAAGUGUCAAAUCCUUCAGCAAUAAAAAUAAGGUACUGGGUGAGUCACCUGACAGCAGUUGUAUUGUCUACGAUGAUAGAGGGAACCAGAAGAAGCAUCUUGUGUGUCAACAAAGCAAAACAAUUUAUACUGAAGGAAAUGCUAGUUGCAGAAUACAUAACCAUCUUGGUACUUUUCCCUUGGUUUCUAAGAAGAAGGGAUUAAAAAAAUGUGUGGUAGAGAAUCAUAAUCCAUCAUAUUUUCAGUGUGAAUCUCAUCUGCUCCUGAGUCAGUAUCUGAAAACAUGUUCGCAAAAAACAGAUGAAUCAAAAACCGAAAGCCUACUAGAUACACAUUCAACUCUUGACCUAUCAACAGACAGUGAAUUCCUUAGUAUUCUGACUUUAAGCCAAGUAGCUCUUUUUUCAGGACAGUAUGCUGUAGGACAAAAUGAAAUGCAAAACAAACCUAUAGCAGUGGAAGGAGAAGAAUUGGCCAUACCUUGUAGGGAAGAUGAAGCAGAUGCAGAACCGCUAGUUAAAUUAAAUGAAGAUGGUGAUAUGGCUGCUAAGAAGGCUGACAUAAACAGUAAACCAAACUCUGUCAAUUCUGUUGAACUCUUUGAUUCAGAUAACUCUAGUCAAGAUAACUCAUAUUUCAAAGAAACUAGCUUUCAGGAAAAUACUUGUGUAUCCAUAGGUCCUCUAUAUUCACCUGUUAAACUUGAUAAAGAAGGACACCACCUUAAACCCCGGCAGAAAAGACUGCUAUGUUCUCAAGAAGACCACUGUGCUGAAAGGACUCACGCUUCUGAAGAUAAUGUAACUACUUCUCAUGUUACUUUUGGAGAUCAGCAGCAAUCCAAAAGAACCAAAUUAGUUUGUUCUCCAGUUUGCCCAGUACAAAAAACUGAAAAAAUGAGGAUCCCAAGAAUCAAAAAAGCUCAAAAGCAACUGUCAUUGCUAAAACGCUGUGUUGACAAAGGCCAGAAGUACUCCAUCUUGGUCAUAGUGCUGCAUCCUUGUCACAUCAAAGAAAUCAAGCUAGGAACUACAACAUCCUCCAAAGUCCCCUUAGCCACAGUUGUCGUUUCUGAUCAGUCGGCCAUGCAACGGAAGGUUGUGUUGUGGAGAGCCGCAGCAUUUUUAUCACUUACGGUCUUUCCUGGAGAUAUCGUACUAUUCACAGACGUCAUUGUUUAUCAGAACCACUGGAUUGGAGAAAUGAUGUUGCAGUCAACAUUUACUACCAGACUGUUGAAUCUUGGAAGCUGUUCAACUAUUAAUCAGAAGGAAGUCUCACAUCUAGUAGACAGUAAUAUUCUCCAGGAUUUGCUGACAUACGUUUCUGCAAAGCAUGCCCCUCUUCAAGCGCUCCCUCAGAGGCAAAGGCAGAGUCUGGACCACGUUCCGCAUGUUCUUCUAAGUCAGCUCAAACCAGAUACAUUGGUGCACGCAGUAUUGAAAAUCGUCAACAUCACCGUGCUGAUAGAAUCUAUGUAUAGCUUUAAAGGAGAAAAACAAAGAAAAAUUAUCUUAACAGUGGAACAAAUCAAGGAUCAACCUUAUGCUUUGGUCAUCUGGGGAGAUGCAGCAGCCCAGUGCCUUCAGCUGCAAAGGAAAAAAGAUCAUAUUUGGGAAUUUAGAUAUCUCUUUGUAAAACACAGUCCUGUCUCUGGUGACUUGGAAUUGCACACCACACCUUGGUCGGUCCUAGAAUGCCUUUUUGAUGAUGAUAGAAGAGCUCUUGCCUUCAAAGAGAAGUUUGAAAGGAACGUCGAAGAGUUGAUGAAGAUGUCCACCCUUGCUGCCCAUCUAGAAGAGAAGUGUUCUGGAAUAAUCCAAGUGAAGGCCUCCAUUUCAAAGUUGAACUUUAUGAAUGCUUCCUUAUCAUGUGGGCAGCGUGUUUUUGAUGCUGAUACUUCGCUGCAACACAUAUUUGCCUCUCUUCCUCUGAUCACCUACAUGGGAUGUGCGAAAUGUGGCCAUGAACUGCAGGCAGAUGAUAACGAGAUCUACAAGCAAUGCCUUACCUGCUUACCUUUUAACAAAGUCAAAAUAUUCUACAGGCCUGCUGUGAUGACUGUUGAGGAUGGGGGAUAUGAAAUCUCCAUUCAGGUGGGAUCCGAAUUGAUGGAGAGGAUAUUCCUUAAUAUUCCAGCAGAAUGGCUGAAGAAGAUCAUAGAGCCUUCCUCCGAUACCACGUACGGGAUGAUCGUGGCCGAUCUGUGCCACUCCCUGAUCACUGACCCAAAGGCAACCUAUGUUCUAACCAUCAGAAGCCGUUUCGUCCUGGAUGAAAACAGUUUUCCUUUGGAGAAGGAUUUCCAGCUCCUGAGUUUCCACCUCGAUCUCGGAAGCAGCCAUUUCUAAGGAGGUGGUUCAGUCCAUUCCAAAUCCACGUAAUGAUGUAAAACGGGGGUAAAGUGAAUGUCCCUUUCUCCUGGAAUGAAUACAUUUUAUUUUCAUGAAUACUUUUUGUACAUUUCAAGAACAAUUAUUUCUUCAGGAUAGCUAUUAAAAGCUGUUCAAGAAAUGACUGAUGUUUUCUUUGUUGGUCUUUUAUCCUCAAGACCUCAAUAAUUUCCUGAAAGAGAGUUAAUGGCGAAGGAAUCUGAAAACUCCCACUGCCAACUUUUUAAAGUGUGUCGCCUAAGAAAACGCCUUUCCUUGCCGCACCCUUUUUUAUCAACCCCAAUUUUUGUCUUGAUGUAAUUGUACUGGUUUAUCUCUCAGGAAUCCCACUUUUCAAAGUAAAUAUUGACGUACUGAAAAGCAAGUAUCCAAAAUUGCAGAAAGAGGCUUUUCUCUUACAAAUGGUGGCUUCAGCUGUGUUAUCAAACUGUCGGCAAGAAUUUCUACAUUUGCGUAAAAACCCUUUACUUCCUGGAGGAGAUGUGCCAAAUUCAGUCAGCCUGCAAAGCAAACAAGUGCUUUAAAGAAGAAGAAGAAAAAAGUAGAGUUUAAAUUAU